AUGGGGGGAAGCUCACCCUGUGCUUCAUGCAAGUUGUUGAGACGUCGCUGCACCAAAGACUGCAUCUUUGCCCCUUACUUCCCUCCCGAUGACCCUCAUAAGUUUGCCAUGGUUCACAAGGUUUUUGGCGCUAGCAAUGUCAGCAAGAUGUUGCAGGAGCUUCCGAUUCAUCAGAGAGGGGAUGCAGUGAGCAGUUUAGUAUACGAAGCAAAUGCAAGAAUGCGAGACCCGGUGUAUGGAUGCGUUGGUGCAAUCUCCUUCCUACAGAAUGAAGUGUCCCAAUUACAAAUGCAGCUCGCAGUCGCUCAAGCAGAGAUUCUAUGCAUCCAGAUGCAGCAAGAGCCUGCCUUGCCGACACAGAUGGACCCACCUCCAGCUAAUGAGAAAUCAUUUCUUUUCUCGAGUAGUAACUUGAAUAAUCUUCACCAGUAUCUCAGUUUUGCUUCUUCUAGCAAUGUAAUCCAAGACCCUCUGAAAAUAGAGUCCCUUUGGACAUAA